AUGCUCUUGAUUUUUUUGUUCUUUCAACAGUCAGUUAGACUUUAUGAUGUUCAGAAUAAUAACAUGCGACUGAAGUACAAUCACGCUAAUGCUGUCCUAGACUGCUGUUUCCAAGAUGGUGUACAUUCAUACAGUGGUGGUCUAGACAGUACCCUCAAAGUGUGAGUUGAUUUUAUUUUGUACGAGUCAUCAGAUGAGAGAAAAUCUAGCACUAACCUUUUGACUUCACUUGCCUGCCAAAAAUGCUAAAACCUAGAAAACAAAGGAGCAUUCUACCGUGUAUAUUGCUGCAAAAUGGGAGGCAGCUUGGCCGAGUGUUCAGCGCGUCGGACUCGCAAUCCAGCCUUCCCGGGUUCGAAUCCUGUGCUGGCCACUUGCUGGAUUUGUUCUCAGUCGUCCCGAGUUCAAAUCCUCGGCCUUCUGCCAGUUGGGGUUUUUAAUCCUGUUAUGUUGUAUUUGAAUGAUUUGUUUCUAAAUAUUUGAGUGGAGUGCCUGUAAACUAGCUGGAUAAGCUAAGUGCAAAUUCCACUAUAAACAAGCCUUUAAAAUUUCAGUUGUAUUUCUGUAAGGUACACUAUUUAGCAACAGCAGCAUUUUCAACGUGGUAUGUGCCUACCAUGGCUUUUGACGUUAUAUGUAUGUGGAUCAAUGUGAUGUACGAUAAGCUAACAUUUCAAAACUUGGAGGAGACUGUUACCUGUAUAAACUGCGAUUACCAUUUCAAGUAACUGUUAAAAGGGUAAUCUUUGUUCAAAGAUAAGAAAAGAAAUUAAUUUAAAAUAACAUUGUAUGACUUCCUGUCUUGUAAUAUCAAAUAGAAUGUUGAUUAAUCCUAUUGUGUUUUGUUCAGGAUGGACUUUAACACUUCAACUGAGCAAGUAGUAGGAAUGCAUGAGGCACCAAUAAAAUGUGUAGAAUUCUGCCCUGCUAUUGGUAAGACCUAACAAAUUAUGAAAUGAGGUUUGCUUAGUGCCUUAUGUAAUACCCUAAACUGCUGAUUAUAAACCAUGGGCUUAUACAUCUUCAUAAGGGGUUUUGGGUGGCUUGCAAAAUGGAGGGGCUUAUAUCAAAGGCUAAGCAAAGCUCUGCAGUAGAUUAGGGAGGUUAUACUUGUGGUUUGAAAAAAGUCUUGCAAGGUAGUCUGAGACAAGUAAAUUUUGAUUCUGUGCAAGGAACUUUCCUUGAUCUCUCACUGAAUGGGCAAGAACCCAGGCAAGUCUUGUCCCAAGUACCAGCCGAAGUUUAAUUGUUUUUUUGAAGUGUUGUUGCAAGACAGUUUCUGCUCAGUGUGAACUAAAUUGACAGCCUUUGUGCGGACAGAGCUUCCUCAGACAAUGACAAGAGCCUCCCCUUUUUUUUUUAAUUUCCUAAAAUGAAUUGCAGCAUGGCAGAGCGGUUAGAGUGCUGGACCUCUAAUUCAUAGGCCCCAAGUUCUAAUCCUGCCCUGACUGCUAGCUUGGUCCCUAGUUCAAAUCCUUGGCCACACUUGUAAAAUAGCCAACUGGUUCACCUCCUACCAUUAUGUUCCAUUGAAAUUAUUUGUUUCAUUAUCUCUGAAAAGCCUCUAGGCCCUAAGUGGGAGAGGAUAAUAUUAAUGUAUUAUUAUUAUUAUUAUUAUUAUUAAUAUAUUGUACUUGUUACUGUGAUUUCUAGGUGUGAUUGUUACAGGCAGUUGGGACAAAAACAUCAAACUGUGGGAUCCAAGGGCAAAUCAGUGUACAGGAACAUAUCAACAACCUGAAAAGGUAUUUAAAACCAUCCUUGAGUUUUUGUCUCCUGAAAGUAAUCAUUUUCUGUUUUAUUGUGUUGUUGAAGCUGCAUCUGGGGAGAACCAGGCAGGGCAGCUAACUAAUAAUGAAGUUUUGAGUACCAAGAAAAAAGCCCAAGUGACUUCUGAUUGACUGCUUAAUUCUCCAUGCAAAUCUCCCUGAUUUUUGUUUGAAACUAAACAAGAAAUUCUCAUUAGAUCAAGAGUCACUUACAGCUGUAUGGUCUCAUUUCAUUCACUAUGUCAUUAUUGGGAGAGAUUAUUUACAAGUGAAAUUGCUACUUCCGGAAGCAUUUGAAUUCCCUGCUUUUGAUUGGCCGUAAAAAUCAGAAGCAGGCAAAUAAAUCGUUUUUGGGCUGGUUUUUUUUUUUUUUCAAAUGAGUGGGUGCCCAACAACUCUUCUGACCAUUUGAUGAACUUUGCCCACACCAACACAAUUUGCCUGUUAUCAUUUCCCCAUCAGCUACUUGCUCUGGAUAUCUCAGGAUGUUGUACAUGUAGCUCCUCAUUUCUUCAAAACAUAUAACUGUUUUAAUAUUAUUGUCCUUAACAAACUCUCCAUAGUUUUCCUUUCUUUUUGUCAGGAACUAAUAAUGUGCUUUUUUGUAGGUCUACACAAUGGCAACAUCUGAUGAGCGACUUGUUGUUGGAACAGUAAGGAAUAUUAUUUUUUACUGAAGUAUACUUGUACUUUGUUACUUGUGUUUCUGUCAAGGUUUUCCUUUGUUUGAUUGUUUGAUUAGAUUUACUAAAUUUUGCAUUAUUGCAGGCAGGACGGAGAGUGAUGGUGUGGGAUCUCAGGAACAUGGUAAGAACUGUUCUACUGAUACUUUACUGUUUUGAUAUGUACUGGUAAGCAGAAAAGAAUCAGGAAAUGUAAGAAUUAACAGUUUUUUAAAGUUUCACAUUGUGUUUGGUUGGAAAGGUUUUACAUAGGUGCCGUGGCAUUCUUUAUUCAAAGACAAAAGCAUUGAUUUCAUUAUUUUUCUGGUGCCCAAACCUUUUUGCUAUUGUUGUGCUAUUUAGUAAGACUUAGUUUUUUAACCCUCAUGCAAGAUGUACCACAGUCUCAUCCCUCUCCAUUCAAGAAGCCCAUCUUUGUGAGAAGGCGGUAACUUACUUCCCAGUGGUACAAUAACUUGUAAAUUUAAAGUACUAAAGUCAUACCUUAUAUGGUGUCAAUUUAUUCUCAUGUAGGGAUGUGUACAACAGAGGAGAGAAUCUAGUUUAAAAUACCAAACAAGAUGCAUUCGAACAUUCCCCAACAAACAAGGUCAGUGAAUAUCAUAACCGUCAAGAUUAUAGGAACAAGGUUUCAGUUAGAGGGGAAAACUAAGUGUCAAUAUAUAAGCAGUUAUUGAUUGAACAAAUGUAAUAAUGAAAUUGUUAAUGGUGAAUAAUCUAUGACAGUAAAAAGAUUGCAAUUUUUUGUUAACAAGUAAAAUGCAAUAAACAUGAGUAUUUUCCAGUUGUGGACUCGUAUGACAGUGUUAUGGACCUAAUAAAUGUAACGAUCAUCACAGUUGAAGAUGUAACUUAAGCAGUUGCGAAAAGAAAGCCUGAAAGAAAUCAGGCUUGCCAGGAUUCAAACCCUGACUUCUGCGAUCCCAGUGCAGCACCCCUAACCAAUUGAGCUAAUAAACCAACUGGGAGCUGGUCAUUAUAUUGGUUCAUAAUUAGCCUGCGAACAGCAGAGGCAUUUCCGGUCGUCGCUUCUCUCCCUCCGGAGGAGAGAAGUGACGACCAGAAAUGCAUCUGCUGUUCGCAGGCUAGUUCAUAACAUACUCUAGGGAAAGAUAAAGAUGAAGUAAUGAAUACAAUAUAUGUGAAUUGCUUAUAUUGGAUCUGUGGGAUGAUAUUAUAUGAUGAUAUGUUACAGAUCAUUGGAUAGUGUUUCAAAAAAAAACAGUAGUGUUUCACAUAGUCUUACAGAACUUCCAUGAAGUUUAGAUGCAUUUCAUAAAGAGCUAAAUUGAAUAAUUUCUUAAAGUUCACUCUUUUAAUAUGGAUUUGUCUGACAGUAAAUUCUUUCUUGCGUCAAAAUCCUUAGGCUAUGUGUUGAGCUCCAUUGAAGGCAGAGUAGCCGUGGAAUACUUUGAUCCAAGCCCUGAAGUACAGAAAAAGAAAUAUGCUUUCAAGUGUCAUAGAAUCAAAGAGGAGGGAAUGGAAAACAUUUACCCUGUCAAUGCUAUAUCCUUCCAUAAUGUGUGAGUAAAUAAACAUCUAUAGCAGAGUUUCCUAAACUCUUGAAGUUUCUUGCAUUUGAAUUAACAACAAAAACUUUCAAAAUUAAGUUUUUGUGACACUUUGCUUUUAUUCUUAGUCAUGCUUUGGUUUGCCCUCCAGGACCAAUCUUCAUUUUUUGACUGGUGAAUUCAAGCAUAAAAACAAUUUUCUUUCUUUACGUUAAUUAUUUGUUACUUGGAAUGAUUUCAGACACAACACAUUUGCCACUGGUGGAUCAGAUGGCUUUGUAAACAUCUGGGAUGGCUUCAACAAGAAAAGACUCUGUCAGGUAGAGCACUAACAUUAUUACCUCAACAUUCUUGCAAAUUAUUUUAUACAAGCCAGAUCAUGCACUUAUACUUUACUCAGGAACACCUUGUAAAUCUGGGUGCAGGAACUGAUAUUUCCCUUCCUUUUUUUCAGUUCCAUCGUUACCCAACAAGUAUAGCAUCAUUGAGCUUUAGUAAUGAUGGCAGUUUGUUGGCCAUAGCUUCAUCAUACAUGUAUGAGGAGGAUGAAAAAGAGUAA